GGAAGUUUGUGUAACUUGUAAAGAAAAUCCUAGUUUAUUUAAUUUAUUCUCAUAUUGCAAUAUUCCACUAGGCAUCAAUCAAAAAAAUGAAGUUGAUAAUUCUGAUUUCAUUCAUUUUGUGUUUCUUAAAGUGCCAUUCCGUGAAUGUGUACUCUCAGCUGGACCAUGAGAGUCAAGAAGUCACUAGGAGGCUACACAGGAUCAUGGUCAACCCAGGAAUAUCCACAAAGAGUAAACGGUACCUUGAAUCUGCACUGGAGAACUUAAAUAAUGGUGUAGAGCAGGCAUUAGGAUGGAGUGUGGCCCACCCAACUGAUCAUCCAAACAGGGCAAGGGGCCGACGGAGCAUCAAAGGUCAACUGCAUGCUACUGAAUGCUGUUGCAAGGUGAAUGUUCCACCCAAGCGUACUAUCAAACGGUACACUGUCACAAAGAUGUAUGUUGCACACAGAUAUACUAAGCUAUAUACAGACUGUGGUCUGUUCUUGUUGUGGACUUGUACUAAAUGGAGGGUUCGAUAUUAUCAAAAACCCUAUACAGUAACAAAAUCGUAUUCAGUCUACACUCCACAACCAUGUCCCUCAAAUAAAGAAGUCUGUUGCCGUGGGUAUCUCUCUUACAAAAAAUGCUGUACACAUGUCAAGGAAAUGAAAAGACUGUUGGAUUUGUUUGACAACCAGCGUGCGCAGUUUGAGAACAACAUUAAGAGGUUCCUUGUGUCCCAUGGCAACAACCCUCAUGGCCAAUGCCCAAAAUCAUGUGGACCUGAGUAAACUUAAACAUAUAUGCACCUACAAGGCCCCUAUAAAUUAAUUGUCUGUUUAUGUUACCAUAAAACCUCAGAUGUCAAACAUUUAUUCUUACAUUUUCAAAAACAUAAGGGGUUUUCCUUAUAAUAUUAAAUCUUUGGAGCAAUUAAAUAUUAAAUGCUGUCAUAUUUUGGAAACUAAUUCCUGUAAACAGGCAAUGUAACAUAUAGGGGCAUACCAGGCUUUUUUGCAAUGUACAUCAGAGGUACAGGUAUAAUCCCGACUGAGUUACCUGAUCAUAUUAUUAUGGUUAUUGUAAGAGCAGAACUUAUCAUUGGUGAAGGUUUUGAGAAGGAGCAUGAAUUAGGAAAGAGAAAAUGGAAACCUGAUGAACUUUCCCUAUUGCUGCAUCUUACAAGAAUCAUACAUCUUGGCAGGUUACUCAUGCUUUCAACAUGGACAUGAUGGCUUUAAAUUUGUGCUUUCAAAUACCCAACUUACAGAGGACAGUCAUAAAACUUCCAAGCUCAGAGGAAAAAAUAGAAUACAUGUAUAUAAGAAGAAUCAUUGAUAAACUUACCAAAUCCUUUCAUAGCAUUACGUAUUAUCUCAGCAUCGCCUUCAGCGUUAAAGUCAGGCCAAGCUUUCACAGUACCCUCUUGCUGGAAGUAAGCAUGAAAUGAUAUUUUAAUAAAUCAAACAAUAUGAAAACAAA